AAGAGCAUACAUGCUUGCCAACAAUACCAAGCCUUUGUGUGAUGCACGCGUCAUAGAUAAGGCCAAGUCCCCCCCUCAGCCCCUCUCACGCGGUUGUUGUGAUUCCUCUCUCUAUCGACACAAAUAAAAAACACCCAAAGCUUCCACUUUCUUUCUCUCUGCUUUCCUUUGUCUCUGUUUUCUUUCAUUUUCUUCUUGUUUUUAUUUUCCCAUUUAGAGCUUCACAUUAUCUAAACUUUGCAGUUUGACUGACCCACCAAACAACCCAAAGCUAAGGAGAGCUGUUUUUUUCAGCUUCCUGUCUUCUUUUAGGACUUCAGAAAUUACCAUGACUUGUUGAAUUGUUAGUCCUAUAAAACAAAAAGGAAUAUUUUUGCUUACUUGAGUGAAGAAGCAUUAGUUUAUCUCUAAUGGGCAACUGUUUAUUUUCUUCUACUAGAGUGGAUUCCAGCCAAAGCCCCCAUGCAACUUCAGCUUCAGGAGGCUCAAGAGUUUCCAGCAAAACCAGUCGGUCUUCAGCUCCUUCGAGCUUAACCAUCCCAUCUUUCAGUGAUACGAGUAGUAUGGGAUGUCUUCCAACACCAAGGACUGAAGGAGAAAUAUUGUCGUCCCCCAAUUUGAAGCCGUUCUCAUUCAGCGAGUUGAAGAAUGCCACCAGAAACUUUCGUCCCGAGAGUCUUCUAGGUGAAGGUGGUUUUGGUUAUGUUUUUAAAGGAUGGAUUGAUGAAAACACAUUAGCUGCUACAAAGCCUGGAUCAGGAAUGGUUGUUGCUGUCAAGAAGCUUAAACCUGAAGGUUUUCAAGGCCACAAAGAGUGGUUGACUGAAGUUGAUUAUCUCGGCCAACUUCAUCAUCCAAAUCUGGUUAAGUUGAUUGGAUAUUGCUCUGAGGGAGAGAACCGACUUUUGGUCUAUGAGUUCAUGCCUAAAGGAAGCUUGGAGAAUCAUCUUUUUAGAAGAGGGCCGCAGCCGCUUUCUUGGGUGGUGAGGCUUAAGGUCGCCAUAGGUGCUGCUAGAGGGCUCUCCUUUCUUCAUGAUUUAAAAUCCCAAGUCAUAUAUCGUGAUUUUAAAGCUUCUAAUAUAUUGCUAGAUGGGGAGUUCAAUGCGAAACUUUCUGAUUUUGGGUUGGCCAAGGCAGGGCCUACUGGUGAUAGGACCCAUGUCUCAACUCAGGUCAUGGGUACUCACGGCUAUGCAGCACCUGAAUAUGUUGCUACCGGUCGUUUGACAGCUAAGAGUGAUGUAUACAGCUUUGGGGUUGUGCUGCUUGAACUGUUGUCUGGACGACGGGCUGUUGAUAAAACAAAAGUUGGUGUGGAACAGAAUCUAGUAGACUGGGCGAAACCCUAUUUGGGUGACAAAAGAAAAUUAUUUCGAAUAAUGGACACUAAGUUGGGGGGCCAGUACCCACAGAAAAGCGCUUAUACAGCUGCUACCCUUGCUUUACAAUGUCUAAGUACUGAAGCCAAACUCAGGCCUAAAAUGUCCGAAGUUUUGGCAGCAUUGGAGCAACUUGAAGCCCCAAAAACCGCAUCCAAACACACUCAAUUAGAUCAGCAACCAAUUCCACUUCCUGUUCAGAAAUCUCCGAUAAGACAACACCAUUCGCCCAUGCAUCUAACACCCAGUGCAUCCCCAUUACCAUCUCAGAAGCAAUCCCCACGCGCAUAUUGAUUCCGUCUGUAAAUUUCCUAUGCGUGUGUAUAUCCUUUUUGUUGCUUAUGAAAUGUAACUUUUGACCGUCUUUUUUUAUGCAAUUUUGCAUUUCAUAUAA